GCUGAUUGGCUGAUUGCUGCACGUGAUAAGCAAUCUUUAUUAGCGCCUUCUCUAGAGCUCGGCGCUCAGUCGGAUUCUUGUCACAGGCCCUUUGAGUCCUCCACAAGCGGUGCGCAGACAACGUGAGAUUCCAGCCAGAGGACAUUCGACCGCCAAUAUGGUUAAACUAGCUAAGGGAGCAAAAGCACAAGGAAAACCUAAGAAGGCUCCUCCUCCAAAAGAGGUGGAAGACAGUGAAGAGGAUGAAGAAAUGGACGAGAGCAGUGAAGAAGAGGUACCAGUGAAGAAUACACCAGCCAAAAAAGCAGCCACUCCAGCUAAGGCAACUCCAGGAAAGAAAGCAGCCACUCCAGCUAAGCCUGUAGCCACACCAGGAAAGAAAGCUACUCCAGCAGUAGCAAAGAAUGGAAAACGGGCAAAGCAGCAAGAGAGUGAAGAUGAGGAAGACAGUGAUGAAGAGGAGGAAUCUGAAGAGGAAAUGGAAACUGUUGCCAAGAAACCAGCUGCCAAGAAACCAGUAGCGAAGAAGGAAGAAUCUGAGGAAGAGGACGAUGAGGAAGAGGAUGAUGAUGAUGAGUCUGAAGAUGAGAAAAAGCCUGUUGCCAAGAAAGCUCCUGCCAAAAAGCCUGAAGCUAAGAAACCAGUGAAGGAGGAGUCUGGAGAUGAAGAGGACUCUGAAGAAGAUGAAGCAAUGGAAGUCACCCCACCCGUUGCUAAAGGAAAAAAAGCUCCUGCCAAAAAGGAAGAAUCCGACGAUGAGGAGGAGGAUGACGACGAUGAGGAGGAUGACGAUGAAGAGGAGGAAGAUGAGGAUGAUGAUGAUGUCACAAAAGACUCUGCAAAACGCAAAAAAGAAAUGCCAGAGAAACAAGGUGCUCCUGAAGCAAAGAAGCAAAAAACAGAAGAGGGAGAUAAAGGUUUGUCUGUAUUUGUUGCAAACCUGAAUUCUUCAAAAGAUUACGAUGAACUUAAAGAUGCUCUGCGGGAGUUUUUUUCUAAGAAGAAUUUGCCAGUGCAGGAUGUACGGAUUGGCGCCUCCAAGCGGUUCGGCUAUGUUGAGUUUGCUACCCUUGAAGAAGUGGAGAAAGCGCUGAAAUUAAACGGAAAGAAGGUUCUUGGUUUUGAGAUGAAAGUAGAAAUGGCCAAUACUCCUGCUGAGAAAUCAAAAAAUGCAGAGAACAAAAAAGAGAGAGAUGCUCGGACUCUGUUUGUUAAGAAUAUCCCUUAUAGCACAACUUCAGAGGAUUUGCAAGAGAUUUUUGAAAAUGCCAAAGACAUACGUCUUCCGACUGCAAAAGAUGGUUCUAGUAAGGGGAUUGCCUAUGUGGAAUUUGCCACUGAAACUGAGGCAGAUAAAGCUAUUGAAGAAAAGCAAGGUGCAGAGAUUGAAGGCCGCGCUAUCUUUAUAGAUUACACUGGUGGAAAGAGUCAAAAUUCUGGAAGCAAAAGAGCAUCAUCAGGAGGAGAGUCGAAGGUACUUGUUGUGAACAAUCUGUCCUACAAUGCUACUGAAGACAGUUUGCAAGAAGUUUUUGAAAAGGCAACUUCUAUUAGGAUACCACAAAAUAAUCAAGGCCGACCAAAAGGGUUUGCAUUUAUAGAAUUCUCUUCUGUGGAUGAGGCGAAGGAGGCGUUGGAGUCUUCUAAUAACACAGAGGUUGAAGGCAGGACAAUAAGACUGGAGUUCAGUCAGACAAGUGGUGGAUCACAAGCGUCCACUCAGUCAAAAACACUUUUUGUCAGAGGACUUUCUGAAGACACAACUGAAGAAACCUUAAAAGAAGCUUUUGAUGGCUCAGUAAAUGCUCGGAUAGUAACCGAUCGAGAUACUGGAGCUUCAAAGGGAUUUGGCUUUGUAGAUUUCUCCUCUGCUGAAGAUGCUAAGGCUGCCAGGGAGGCAAUGGAGGAUGGAGAAAUUGAUGGAAACAAAGUUAUUCUAGAUUUUGCAAAGCCUAAAGGUGAAGGUCAGCGAGGUGGCCGUGGAGGGUUCGGAGGCAGAGGCGGUGGCCGUGGAGGGUUCGGAGGCAGAGGAGGUGGCCGUGGAGGGUUCGGAGGCGGCAGGGGUGGUGGCGGCGGCCGUGGAGGUUUUGGAGGCAGAGGUGGUGGACGUGGAGGAGGAUUUAAAGGUAGAGGAGGUGGAGGCUUCAGAGGUGGAAAUCAAGGGCAAGGAAAGAAAAUCAAAUUUGAUGACUGAAGAGUUUUAGUUUUUUGUCUCCUUCAAAUUUCAAGCCAUCUCCCUUAACUGAAAGAACUCUGAGAGCUGAAGGGGGCAAUUAAAUUUCCCCCCACCCUAUCAUCUAGCUAUUGCAGAGCCUUCUGUGUGGACAUUCCAGUGUGGAGACAUACCUUUUCCUGUUAACAACAUCUGGACACCAAGUCAUUUCAUGGAAGAUAUGUGACUGCUUGACUGUCCUUACAGACUUUUUUUUAAAGAAGUGUGUGUGAGAAGAAACUGUCCUGAAGUUGUCUAAUUGUGUUUUACUCACUGUACAAUUUUUUUCCUACAAAUCCUGUAGUAUUUUGCUAUAAAUGCAGAAUGUUAAUGGUUUGUGCUUCAGCCGCUGUCUUCAGAUUAAAGGACCUCAUCUGGUUACAUAUUUUUUACAUA